CCUCCUCCUCCUCCUCCUCCUCCAUCUCCUCCACCUCCGCCUCCUGAGCCUGUCCACGGAGAGGUCCACAGUGUCCCCGCUGCCCCCCCCGAGACUGAAGACCCACAGGUAGGUCAAGCCCCGCAGGAGGCACGGCGCCAAACCGUCGGUGCGAUAUGAGAGGCCCCUGGCCGACUCCUGAGCGCGGCGAGGGGCCGACGCAGGCGGUGUGAUGCAGAUGAUUGAGCAGAUCAUCGCAGAUGCCAAGAGCAUGGAGUCUGCCACUGUGCGUGACGAGGAGGACGCGCAGAAGGCCUACGAGGAUUUCGUGAAGGAGACCAACUCGUCCCUCGAGGCCAAGGGCGCGGAGAUCAUCAACAAGUCGGAGGAGAAGGCCAAGGCCGAGGCUGAGCUUGUUGAGACGAAGGACACCGAGGCAAUGGAGUCCGCGUUGCUGGAGCUGGAGCAGCUGUCCAAUUACAACGCGCAGCUGCACCAGAGCUGCGACUUUGUCCUUAAGAAUUUCGACUUGCGGCAGACGGGCCGGGACGAGGACCCAGAGAUCGAGGCUCUCAGGCAGGCCAAGGCGAUCCUCUCCGGCGCCGACUUCUCGGAGUUCUUGCAGAUGGCCUGAGUCUUCCUCUGAUCGCGGCCACCGGGCGACCGCCAGCACGCCAGCGAUAGUGUUGAAGGUUUUCGGGCGUCCUUGGGGUGUCCCCGUCCUUCCAUAAAAUCGAAGGCUCGGGCCCCUUGUAAGAACAUUCAUGGCCUCGGAAGGUCGCCCUCUACCGCCCUUGUGAUUGCGCUGUGUUCAGUACGACGCCGAAGGACGAACAAAAG